AGACCAGGCUGCUUAAUUUGCCCGGUCUGCACUGCCGGGGCCCAACAUGGGGGACAGGGAAACGGGACGCACGUGUGCACUUCAUGCAGCUGUUGCAUAUUUAUAUGUAAUGUCAAUAAAAUCCGAUAGGAUGUAGAAGCCGAAUCUUCACUGCCCAGAAUCUGCCUAUUUCCGACCCCCGACCCCUGCAGACAAAUCUCCCCACCCCCCAUUCUCACCGGACAGCUGAAGAUCAGGAAUGAAUGAGCUGCUUCUUCACGUAGCAGAGAAAUCACUUGCAACUUUUUGCACCUCUUUGGAAAUACUGAAGAUUAGACACGUCUAAGGUGCCGAAACUGCGUGUGGUCUGGGAGCCAGUGAACGUACUUAGGUGCUUAUAGGGUGGAAUUCACAACAAAACCUCCCCCGCCUUAUGGUAAAACAACUCCAAAGGAAUUCACCGCUCAAAAUAGCAAAGUUAGGUUUAAUCACUGGCUUAUAUUGUGAAAUUUGUUGUUUUACAGCAGCAGUACAACUAUAAAUUACAGUGUAAGUAUAUAAAACAGAAAUGAGUAGUGCAGAGGAGACGAGAAGUAGAGCUACUGUUCCUGGGUUCAUCAUCCAUUCAGAAAUCUGAUGGCAGAGGAGAGGAAGCUGUUCCUGAAACAUUGAGUGUGCAUCUUCAAGUUACUGUACCUUCUCCUUGACAAUAGCAAAGAGAAGAAGGCACCUCCUGGAUAAUGAUGGAUACCCCUUUUUGAGGCAUCAUCUUUUGAAGGUGGCUGGUCUGCUGGGGAGGCAGGUGCCCAUGACGGAGCUGUCUGAGUUUAGAACUUUCUGCAGCUUUUUCUAAUCUUGUGCAGAGGCCUCUCCAUCCCAGAUGGUGAUGUAAGCGGAAUGUUCCCCUCAGUACAUCAUGAGAGUAAAAGUUCAUCAAAAAAAAACUUACAACAGAAAGUGGUGGAAACGCCCAGUAUCAGUGAAGGAUGCACCAGACGAUCAGCAAAGCCAGCAAGAGGCUAAACAACGGGAGACAGAAAUGAGGAACAGUAUUCUUGCUCAGGUUUUAGAUCAGUCUGCUCGUGCCAGAUUGAGUAAUUUGGCUCUUGUAAAACCUGAGAAAGCCAAGUCGGUGGAGAAUUACUUGAUACAGAUGGCAAAAUUUGGGCAGCUUGGUGGGAAAAUUUCAGAAUCAGGUUUAAUUGAAAUCCUUGAGAAAGCUAACCAACAGAUGGGAAAGCAAACAAUGGUCAAGAAUGGACACUAUGCUGAAAUUUGAUGGUGUUGCAACAAGAUCUGCAUACUUCAGGCGUGUUCAGUAAUUCCAAAGAACAUAAUAGAAUCAAUGAAAGACUGCACCCCACAGGGCGGACAAACAACUAAUGUGCAAAAGACAACAAACUUUACAAAUAAAAAAGAUAAAAACAACAACAAUAAUUAAUUAAUUAAUAAGCAAUAAAUAUGGCGAACAUGAGAUAAAGAAUCCUUGAAAGUGAGUCCAUAGAUUGUGGGAACAGUUCAGUGAAGGGGCAAGUGCAGCUAUCAACUCUGGUUCAAGAGUCUGAUGGUUGAAGGGUAAUAACUGUCCCUGAACUUGGUGGUGAGGGUCCUGAGGCUCCUGUACCUUUUUCCUGAUGACAACAAGAAAAUAGUAUGGCCUGAGCGGUGGGGUCCUCGAUGACGGAUGCUUCUUUCCUGUGACAGCGCUCCAUGUAGAUAUGCUCAAUGGUUUGGAGGCUCUUUACCCACGAUGGACUGGGCCACAACCACUACUUCUUGUAGGACUUUCUGUUGAAGAGCAUUGGUGUUUCCAUCUGAGGCAGUGAUGCAACCAGUCAAAAUAACUCUCCACCCCAUAUCUAUAGAAGUUAAAGUUUCAGGUGUCAUGCCAAACCUUCAAAAGCUUCUGAGGAAGUAGAAGCACUGUCGCGCUUUCUUUGUAACCACUUACGUGCUGGGCCCAGGGCAGAUCCUCUGAGAUGUUAAAACUGAAAAAUUUCGAGUCGUUGAUCCUCAACACCUCCAAUUGCCCGAUGAGGACUGGCUCAGGGACCUCUGGUUUCCUCCUCCUAAAGUCAAUAAUCAGCUCCUUGGUCUUGCUGACAUCGAGUGCGGGGUUUGUUGUUGUGGUACCACUCAGCCAGAUUUUCAGUCUCCCUCCUUUAUGCUGUUUCAUCACUACCUUUGAUUCGGCCAACAACAGUGGUGUCGUCAGCAAACUUAAACAUGGCAUUGAGCUUUAAUUAGAAGGCAAGCAGAGCAGGAUGUUAAACACAGCCUUGUGAUGCAUCUGCGCUGAUGGAGACUGUAAAUACCAUGUUGGCCAAUAUUAUAACCCAAGCAACACCAUGCAUAAUAGAUAUCUUAUAACUGAACACACACACACAAACACACACACACGCACGCACACAAGGCAAAGAUCACUUGCCUUUCAUAGGAAAUUAUUUCAUUAAUGAUGUAAAAUGGCUCAUAUGAUUUUUAAGGUGAAUAAGUAUUCUGGUUUCGGCAUUGACUAAAUGGGCCGAAGGGCCUGGUUGUGUGCUGUACUUUUCUUACACUAUGGUUAAGUUCAAGUGAAAUUCUGCCCAACUGAUAUUCUCCUUGCUUUAAUGAUGGCUGAAUUCUUCCAACAACAGCAUUAAAACUUUUCAUAGAGUUGAACUUCAUGAAAUAUCAAUGAACACUGCUGUGGGAUUUCUCUGAUGCAAAUAUAUUGACCAGCAA